AUGUCUUUAGUUGAACCAAAUUCUGGUACUUCUACACCACUAGAAUCUACACAAUCAGAAUCAGAAACCAACUGUGAUCUUCCACGAAAGAAACUUAGAAAAGGUGGCCUUGCCUUCAAUAAAGUGUGGGACUAUGUAAUUAAGGGUGAAAAAGUAAAUCCUAGACAUUACAAGGCAGAAUGUUUUCAUUGUGAAAUGUCCUGGCAGAGAGGUAGACCUUAUGUUUUAAGGUCCCAUCUUGCACUUUAUUGUCAAAAUGUACCUGAAGAUAUUCGACGGUAUUGGGUCAAUAAACUUGCAGAAGAAAAUAAUUCUCAUAAAAGAGAUUCUCAAUUACAA